AGUGCGCGGCAGACGGCCGGCGGCGUCGGCGGCGGAGUGCGGGUCGCGUGGCCGAGCGUGGUUGCUAGGGACACCUGAGGUCGCCCGCUCGCCCAGCAGGCGCAGCGAGGAAGCAGCGCGGAGCCGGCGCCCAGCCGUGGUGGAGGAGGGUACCCUAGGCUGACGGAUUCAAGGAUGCAGCUGGUGCUAGCGGUGUGUGGCACCUUACCUGAGCCAGACCAUGAGGCCAUGUCACCAUGAUGUGGGCCCCUCAUGGCCUCAGCAGGAACAGAGUACUACAAUAUUGGCCUGCGCCGCCGAGGAAACAGCUUCAAGCAGAGACAUCCCUCAGGCACAGUGUCUGCUUCACCACCCGAGAAACCCUCGGAGGUCAGAGUCUGGGCUCAGGCCCAUCAGCAGGUGAAGCCAAUCUGGAAACUGGAAAGGAAGCACGUAGGCACACUGUCAGCAGGGCUGGGCACCAGUCUCUUGGGAGUCCCACCCCAGCCAGCCUAUUUCUUUUGCCCCAGCACUCUAUGUAGCUCUGGGACUACAGCUGUCGUUGCAGGCCACAGCAAUCCCUGUUACCUGCAAUCUCUCCCUGACUUGUUCAGCAAUACUCUGCUAUACCGCCGCACCAACGUGAGGCAAAAACCAUACCAGCAACUGGAAUCUUUCUGCUUGCGUUCCAGCCCAUCAGAGAAAAGACCUUUUUCUCUCCCUCAGAAGGGUCUCCCUGUCAGUGUCACUGCCAAUAAAGUCACAUCUUCUACAGUCUUCCCCAUGGCCCAGCCCAUGGCGUCUUCACCCACUGAUCCAUACCUCUCACUGGCAGCAGCUGGGGAAAAUCCUUCAAGGAAGAGCCUGUCCUCUGCCAUCUCAGGGAAGAUUGCAUCUCCACUGUCCUCCUACAAGCCCAUGCUGAACAACAACUCCUUCAUGAGGCCAAAUAGCACUAAAGUGCCCUUAUCACAAGCCACAGAUGGCCUGAAGCCAGUAUCCUCACCCAAGAUCCAGCCUGUCUCCUGGCAUCAUUCAGGGGGUACUGGAGACUGUGUAUCCCAGCCUGGUGACCAUAAGGUACCCCAAAGCAUUGGCGCUGUCUUAGAUGAUGCCACUGCCCCUAACACCCCAUCUAUCCCUAGCACCUUCAAUAUAUCCACAGCCAGUGUUACCUCUUCCCAGUGCAGUCAGAGUAACUUUAGGAUGGAGGCACAUCCCUGUGGCCUGGAUGAAAACCCGGAUUCCCAGAGCGCUACUAAAGAGGUACACUUCACUGAGGCUGUGAGGAAGUUGACUGCAAAAGGCUUUGAGAAGAUGCCACGGCAAGGCUACCAGUUUGAGCAGGCUUGUUUUGUGAAUCCCAGCUUCCAGUGGGGUCUUCUCAACAGAAGCAGGCGGUGGAAACCUCUGAUGGGCCAGCGGUUUCCUCAGGAGGAUAUUGGAUUAGACAGUGGGAUCCUUCCUGGUGCCUCAGACACUUUGGGGUUGGACAGUACAGUCUUUUGUACCAAAAGGAUCAGCAUUCACCUCCUUGCCUCACAUGUCCAUGGGCUCAACCCCAGCCCUACCUGUGGGUCUAUAGUUGACCCCCAAUUACUUGGAGAAGACAGAGCUCCUGUUCCCCCUUCUUCCCUCCAGCCUCUUGGUGUAGCUGAAGUGGCCACCCGCCUUUCUUCUGUCCAUCUUGGCCAGCCUGGGAAGGAGCCUGAGGAAGCCAAGGAGCUGAGCUCAAGUGCUAGGGGUAGUUGUUCAGCUACUGACCUCCAGCCAAACCAGGUGGAGCCUGAAGAUACAGAAGAUGAACUAGGAGAUGGUUUGGAAGAUUGCUGCAGCCAUGAUGAAAAUGACGAAGAGGAAGGAGACUCAGAGUGCUCUUCCUUAAGUGUUAUCUCCCCCAGCGAGUCGGUGGCAAUAAUAUCUCGGAACUGCGUGGAUUUAAUGUCCAAAUCCCUUCCCAAUCAUGAGAAAGUUGUACGACCAGCCCUCAUCUACAGUCUCUUCCCCAAUGUGUCCCCUACCAUUUAUUUUGGAACUCGGGAUGAAAGAGUGGAGAAGCUUCCCUGGGAACAGAGGAAGCUUCUGCGGUGGAAGAUGAGCACAGUGACCCCCAACAUAGUCAAGCAGACCAUUGGACGGUCGCACUUCAAAAUCAGCAAGAGGAAUGAUGACUGGCUGGGCUGCUGGGGUCACCACAUGAAGUCUCCUGGUUUUCGAUCCAUUCGAGAGCACCAGAAGCUAAACCACUUCCCAGGCUCCUUCCAGAUUGGGAGGAAGGACCGGCUGUGGCGGAACCUGUCUCGCAUGCAGAGCCGUUUUGGCAAGAAAGAGUUCAGUUUCUUCCCCCAGUCCUUCAUCCUGCCCCAGGAUGCCAAGCUCCUGCGCAAAGCCUGGGAGAGCAGCAGCCGCCAGAAGUGGAUUGUGAAGCCACCAGCAUCUGCUCGAGGCAUUGGCAUUCAGGUCAUUCACAAAUGGAGUCAGCUCCCCAAGCGCAGGCCCCUCCUGGUACAGAGGUAUCUACACAAACCCUACCUCAUUAGUGGCAGCAAAUUUGAUCUUCGGAUCUACGUUUACGUUACUUCUUACGAUCCUCUACGGAUUUACCUCUUUUCGGAUGGACUCGUCCGCUUUGCCAGUUGCAAGUAUUCGCCUUCCAUGAAGAGUCUUAGCAACAAGUUCAUGCACCUGACCAACUACAGUGUCAAUAAAAAGAAUGCCGAGUACCAGGCCAACGCUGAUGAGACAGCCUGCCAGGGCCACAAAUGGGCACUGAAGGCUUUGUGGAAUUACCUGAGCCAGAAGGGAAUUAAUAGUGAUAUCAUCUGGGAGAAGAUAAAGGAUGUUGUUGUCAAAACCAUCAUCUCGUCAGAGCCCUACGUGACCAACUUACUGAAGUUGUAUGUGCGGCGCCCCUACAGCUGUCAUGAACUCUUUGGUUUUGACAUCAUGCUGGAUGAGAACCUAAAGCCCUGGGUCCUAGAAGUCAACAUUUCCCCAAGCCUCCACUCCAAUUCUCCCCUGGACAUCAGCAUCAAAGGCCAGAUGAUCCGAGACCUCCUGAACCUGGCAGGCUUCGUUCUGCCCACCAUGGAAGAUAUCCUCUCCAGUUCCAGCAGCCCCAGCAGCUCCAGCGGCUCCAGCACCAGCCUGCCAAGUUCUCCUGGGGACAAAUGUCAAAUGUCUCCAGAGCAUUUUACUGCACAGAAGAUGAAGAAAGCCUAUUACCUGACCCCGAAAAUUCCUGACCAGGACUUCUAUGCAUCUGUGCUGGAUGUCUUGACACCAGAUGAUGUUCGGGUUCUGGUCGAGAUGGAAGAUGAGUUUUCUCGUCGUGGUCAAUUUGAAAGAAUUUUUCCUUCUCGAAUCUCUUCUCGUUAUCUUCGUUUUUUUGAGCAGCCACGAUAUUUCAACAUUCUCACCACCCAGUGGGAACAGAAGUACCAUGGAAACAAGCUCAAAGGAGUAGAUCUGCUCCGGAAUUGGUGCUACAAAGGCUUCCAUACGGGGAUCGUCUCCGACUCGGCUCCACUGUGGUCUCUGCCAACAUCACUCAUGACUAGCGCAAAGGGUGAUGGGACACCCAGUGCCAUCAGCAAAUCAGAACGCAUCAAAUCAAGAAAGCAAAGCUGCUCCGAGGGAAGCGUGUUGUCCUGUGAAGAUGGGACACCAGCCAAGCCCAAGAAGAGUCAAGCUGGCCUUUCCCCCAUAUCCAGGAAGACUUCAUCCUCCAAGAACAAGGAGGACACCAGCAAAGAGGCCAACCACUCUACCCAGGUGUUACCUGUCCUCAAGUACUCUGGGCAGAAUUCCAGAGUUUCUGCUUCCUCUGCUUCCCAGUCAGCCGGUGACUCCCUCCUGACUGCUGUGAGCCCAUGACUGGUCUCCUGCGUGGGAGCACUCAGCUACCUCAAGGGAACCAACCUGCUGACCAGCCUGAGCCUCCACCGCCCUCCACUUUGCCCCUCAUCAGAGUAUUUUUUGAAGUGGUUCUAUUGUAGAUAUGAGCAUCUGGAGGACUGGAGGGGUGGGGGUGACAGGGAGAAGGUGAGGAAGGUUCACCCUCUGUCACCUCACUGCCUGGCUGGUGCCUCAUAUCUCAGUAGAGAAGCCAGUGACGGCCAAGCAGCCUUAUAAAGCAGGGUUUGGUUUCUACUCUGAGAGCCAUGUGUGAUUUCUUUGAGGCCCUGAUGCAGGGCUGGAGUUGUUGCUCAAGAGGAGAAAGCGUGCUAAACACACAGAAGUCUCUUGUUCUGUAAUGAGAGGGAUUCCUUGAAAGGCCUGGUUUCCUUAGGUCUUUUGUCCCCUACACAUCCUGGUUUUGAAGAGCCAUUUCUAGAAACCUUCAGUCUUCUUCAAAGACAAACAGGGGAAACCAUGGCAGGCUGUACCCAUUUCCUGGCAUCCUGGUCUUGGGGUGACCUCCAUAACAUAUCUCCAGUUAAGGUUCCACCCAGUCAGUAGCCCUCCGUCUUCUGUGACUCUCCAGAUCCCAGAUAAUUUUGGUCAGGUUAUGUAGAGGAGGGUGGAACAAGCUGUUUCUCCUCGACACAGGAAGUCCUGUAGUCUGUUUUGAUUUGAGCAGGGUUUGGUGCCUUGGCAGAGGGGUUUUAGCGCAAUCAUUCUUGCAGGACAGGCUUCUUGGCCCUGACAGUUAAUACUCAGCUCUAUCUACCUCCCUUCUGGACUAGUAAACACUGAGCACUGAAUAAACACUGACUGACUGAACUGUGUGUACAGCUCUCUGAGGACGCUGGCCCCUGAACCAGAAGCACUACUGUUGUCCCCGGUGUGGGGAAGUAGAGCCCAAGGAAGCCUGAGGUGGGAGAGCGUUACUAGAACUGUGGUCUUCCUCAGCCUGGCACCCCUCCACCCUGGGACCUGCAGUCUCCGGGUUCUCUAGCAGUGGGUAUAGAAGAAGCCACUUGGCCCGGUCUGAUAAACAAGAUUUACCCUGUGCACACCAGGUUGGAAGCCCGGCAACUCAGUCUCAGCCUGGUCUUGUCCACAUUAUUCUGAGCUUUGGAAAGAGGGAGACUUCUUUUCUCAUGGCUCCUGGAGUCCUGUGGCCAAUUGGCAUGGAGCCUGGAAAGAUAAGAGAGACCUGACUGUUCAAGGUCACAGAGUAGGUAGACAUGACGGUCAGUCCUAAGGCUUUGUUGACAGUUGUGAAGAAAGCUGGAUAGCAAAGUCCUAGUCGGUGCUUCCUGUUCAACGAUAAAGACUUCAAAGUCAGUCCACAGUGGAGGGAAAGUCCAUGGCCGUUCUAGAGAAUCUGAUCUCAACAGCCAACACCCUCCUUUCCUGGUUACCGGAUUCUAGUGCACAUGUGACAAAGGGCCAUUGUCUGCCCGGGGAAACAGGCCUCUGCUCAGCAGCACUAUCCCUAAUGCAUGUGUUCGGUGCAUAGGCCCGUUUGAGUCAGUUCACUCCUUUACGUGGACUUGAUUCCUUGGCCUGCCCUCCGAGGGUCCCCAUCACACCGUCAGUCUCCAACCAUGCAGCUGCAGAGAAGAUGAGCACUGCAGCAGACUGGGGGCCCCAGAGGGAGGGACUGGGGGACCCCGAUGAGACGGCAGUGCACUGGCGGUUUCUACUUUGUGUCUGUGUGACCCAGGCUGGCCUCAUAAAUGCCAGGGCAGCCUUUAGGCAUUGUGCCCAGCUACAUGGUGUAUCUCGUCUUCAUUACAUUUGAAGGCCCAUAGGUCUGUUGCGCUAGUGGGAGAAAAAGUGGGGUUUAAUGUUUUGCCUUGCCUUUCAUUCUCAAGAGUGUGAAAUGUUGGUAAAUUAUUUCACUGCAAAUUUCAGCACUGGUGAGUCAACAAUAGAUAACAUUCAGUUGAAAGUGAUUUUUAAACAGGAAUAGUUUUUGAAAGUUUUAAAUUUGGAAGUGUAGUUGAAUACAUACUUACCAGAACGCUUCAGUUGUUUUCCCAAGUUUAUAGCUUAGACAGCCUCUGGAAGAAUGGAAGCAAAUGCUGGGGACAAGGAAUGAAAUAGAGUCUUUUUCAUUACAGUAUGAACGUGAGACCUACCCUGCAGGCUUGUGAAAAUCUAAGCCAAACGAAAGCACCAGGGGAUUGUUCUGUGCAAGAAAUGUAAAAAUCUUCCUUUGAAACAGUGUGGUGGCUCAUGCCUUUAAUCCCAGCACUUAGGAAGCAGAGGCAGGCCAAUAAAGCUGUUCCUUGAAGGAAGGGGAACAGCUACAGAGAUGUCCCAGAAAAGGUCAGAACAGUGCUAGACACCUCACUCCCCUUCACCUAGUGCAUAAUUUUCUUUAUUCCUUUGAAUGUCACCAUUCCUGGGAAUCUCUUAUCUGGGUUCAUCUUUAUAGCAUGCUGGUAUCCCAGGGAGGGGAACAUUAAGCGUUAUGAAUAUGUGUGUGAAUUGAUAAUUUAGUUAUCCCAAAAACCUUGAUUGGCAGAGAAUAACAAGAGUGAGUGAGUACCUGGUGUCUAAGAGAAGCAGCAUGGAAGACAGAUCCUGAGUCAGGUAGGAGCCAGAGGACUAGCAGUUGUACCGGGGGAUGGUGUCACUUGGGGGCCAUUCUCAGGGUGGCAGCUGUUUACUGAAAGUAACUUCCUAUCACCAUAGCCAAAGAACAUUCUUGGUGGCUUCUGUGGCAGUUCAGCACUGCUGAGGGCCCGUGAAGAAGGUUAAUCCACACACAGCGAUUUCCACGUCCUUCAGCUGAAUUAGUUAUUGGGAUAAGGUGAUGGCCAGAGGCUGCUAGGCAGCGGCCACGGUUGGCUCCUCGUUAGUACUGAAGACUCCAUGUAAUUACUGCUGCAGUGUCUAGUUUGCUUUGGGCCUGGAAACAGUGGUUUUUCGAGAGCUGUAUCUUGUCGCUUGGGAUUUUGAUCCAGCCUCUUCAGCAAUGCUUAGCCUUGACCAUUCCUCUGUAACACCUGGGGACCUCUGUCUGCUUCAGAUCAGUGGAAGCAGCAGCAGUCUUAGGUUGGUCUUAGUGAGAGGUCACAGCAGGAUCAAUAGUGUGGCAUUCUAAGACCCGUUUGUGCCUUAACCAGCAGAAUGUGCCGAGAUUAGAAUACCAGAGAUUAUUACCACAGGAGAAGCCAACAUUUGAAAUGUUUCUAUAUCUUCUAAAUAUCAGUUUAGUUACCAAGUAUAUCAAUCUCUUGGAUGUAGUUAUGGGGAUUAAAUUGGGUGUAAGACAUCAAAAAAAAAAAAAAAAGCCUCACAGUGCAGAUUUCAAAAGAAUCCUAAAAUAUCAAAAUGAUUACCAAACUCUUUCCUUCUUGGAGUAGCCGCAGUAGUGCCAGGGAUUGUAGGUCAGGGCUGGGGUGGCUGUGGCCCACAGGACCCGACUUGUUUGUUUUGUCGCUGUUCCAAAACAGUACAGCCAUUUGUGUGACAUUUGCGUUGUGUUGGGUGUGAUAGUUAAUCUGGAUUUUGAAGUCCACCACAGGAUGUGUGCAGGUUAAAUGUGGCAAAUGGUACUCCAUUUACCUAAGGGAUUGAAACAACCAUGUGCUUUGCUAUCUGGGAGGUCCUAGAACCAACCCCCACAUAGACUGGAGAACUGUGCUUUGAGUCUACCCAUGGGAAAUUAUAGCUGUGGAUUUGAUCAAGAUAAUUAGCUUGAAAUUUUAGAAUCCUAUCAGCUGCCAGGGGCACAAGUAAAACUAACAGGCUCCACAACUGAAAUGCCCGUGUCUGAAAAUGCACAGCCGCUAGUAGAGUUGCCUGUAUUGUAGGCAAGGAUGCACAGGCCCAUUCAUCAACUGUUGAGUAGUUUAAAAAGUAGAACAAGCCCAUGUGUCCAGCAGUUACUGAAAGAACAAAUUAACACAUCUGUUCAGUAGAUACUGUUUAGACAUUAGCGUGAAAACUGGGAUAAGUGAAAGAAGCCAGAAGCAGGUGUACAUGCUUCCUGAUUCCAUUCUAGAAAAGGAAAUGAUCAUCAUAGAAGGUGGGGAUUACCUAUAGAUGAUGGAGGGGCUAGGGGAUUGACUGUAAAGAGGCACAUUGGAAAUAUCUUUGUCUUAAUUGUGGUUGUGAUAACAACUGUAUAUAGUUGGCAGACCUCAAAAUUGUACAGUUGAAAGUAAGUAAAUAAAGCUGAUUUUCUUUCCUUUUUUAAUUUUUUUUAUUUUUAUUUUUUAUUUAUUUUUUUUUUUGUUUUGUUUUUCAAUGCUGGGGAUCUAACUGAGGGUCUCAAACAGUAGGCAACUGCUGAGCCGUACUCCUUGGCCCAAAGCUGAUUCAGAAACACCACACACACACACACACACACACACACACACACACACACACACACACACUCACACACACUGACCACCAUUUCAUGAGAUGUAGAAAUUAAAGCCAUGCUCACAAUGAGGUAAUGGGUACAGUUAAGAUUGAAAGGUAGCUGUGACCAGAUGGAGUGGGUAAAGCCAUUGCAGCUUGCACAUGUGACUUGUGUGAGCAUAAGAUGAUCACAAUUGAACUCUUGCAGUAAUUUAUAAAGACAGCGUAUCUACCUGUGACCCAAAGCAUUGAGAGAAGCCAGACGUGGCGGUCAUAAUAUAUAUAGUUAAUUGAAAUUUGGAGGGAAACUCAGCUAUGGGUGUUAAAAGCAGCGGUGUUUGCCUUUCUAACAAUGGUAAAGGAGGAACCGUGGUUGAUAGCAACACUAUACUCUUGGGUGUUGGUUUUAUGGAUAACAUGCUUGCUAAAACUGAUGGAAUUGUGUAAGACCUGUGCAUUUUAUAAUUGAAGUGAAAUUGAUGUGUUAAAUUUUAGCAUUUUAAGUGUGCAUUUCAGUGGUAUUCAUAAUGUUGGACAACUUUCACUUCCCCCUGGUUCUAGAACAUUUUUCUAAACUUGAAGGCAAACUCUGCCCAUUAAUCAGUUGCUCCUCCUCCCCUCCCCUUCUCCCUACCCACAGUAAUCGCCAAUCUUCCCGUUUUUGUAGGUUCACCCAUUCUGGAUGUUUUACAUAAAUAGAAUUGUGAUCUUUUGUGUCUGGCUUGUCUGACUUAGCAUGAGUUCAAUGUUCACUUUGUAAAACAAGUCAGUACUUCAUUCCUUUUAUUACUAGUUUAUUCGUGUUAGGAAAUGGUGGAUUUUGUCAUGACAUUUUCAUUAUAUAUAUUUAUCUCCCAUUGACCUCUGUUCCCCAUCCUCCUGGUCUCUUUCCUCUUCACUGAUAGUUGCUGUACGUGUGUGUGUGCUUUGAAUAAAGUCUGCACUAAUGUGAGAAAACAGUGUUUGUGCGAAGGUUUUUUUUUUUUUAAUUUUUUUAAAUUUGUGUGUGGACACAUAAGUGCAGAUGUCCUCAGAGGCCAGAGAGGUCGGAUCCCUUUGGAGCUGGAGUUGCAGGCUGUUCUGAGCCACCUGAUGUGGGUUCUGGGAACCAACCUGGGUUCUCUAUAACAACUUUUAAUCACUGAGCCAUCUCUCUAACCCUUGAAGCUCUAUAGUUUUGGUUUGGUUUGGUUUCAUAGCCUGGGCUGGCCUUGAAUUUGCAACAAUUCUCUUGCCUUAAUGAGUACUGGAAUUACAAGUGUGUGCCACCAUACCCAGCUUUGGUAUUUGUCUUUCUGAGCUUGGCUUAUUUUGCUUAACAUGGUCUCCUGUUCCAUCCAUUUUCCUGCAGAUGAUGACACUGUUGCACUCUUUAUAGAUGAGUGAAAUGCCUUGUGUGUAUGUGCUACAUUAUCCACCAACUGAUGGUCUAGUAGGCUAGUUCAGAAUCCGGCUGUGGUGACUAACUGCUGUAAUUCACAUAGAUGUGCAGGUCUCUCUGCUGUGUGUUUAGAUUCCUCCAAGUGUCUUCCCAGGAGGAGUAUAGUUAGGCCAUGUGGUGGUUCUAGUUCUAGUUCUGAGGAAACUCCAUGCUUACUUCCAUAGUGACUGCGCUAACUGCAACCCACCAACAGUGUGUGAGUGUUCCUCUUCCCCCCACAUUUUCAAUGGCAUUUGUUUAUUUUCUUAAUGAUAGCCUUUCUGACUGGGUGAAAUGAAAUCUCAACAGAGUUUUGAUUUGUAUUUCUCUGAUGGUUAAGGAUGUUGAACAGUGUUUUUCAUGUAUUUAUUGGCCAUUAGUAAUUUUUUUUAAUUAAGUGUUAAUGCAACCAUUUGUAAUUAUUUUUGAGAACUUCCUGUUCAGUUUAUUUGCCCAUUAAUCGGCCUUUUGGGAGUGUUGGUAUUUGAUUUAAAAAGUUCUUUAUGUAUUCCAGAUAUUAAUCUCAUCACAAGUAAAAUUGGCAGAGACUCCAUGCUCCAUGUAUUUUAAUGUUAGAAAUUUUUUCUUAUUCUAAAAAUAAUUCAUUUAAACAUACCAGGAAGUAUAAAGAAAAUAAAAUUUAUGAUUUAUCACCAUUACCAACUUUA